UACUUGGGCGGGCCGCCCAGGUAUAUUAACGGCCAAAGUAUAUUUCGCAACCCGUUUAGGGUUUAAAAAAAAAACUGUAAUCCGUCCGCGAGCACGACGCCAUCCGUGAUCGAUGAACUAGUGGACAAUGAUCUCCUCGCUCUGAGCCUCCUGUACCUGUUCGCUCUGCUAUUGUGUGAAGGGUCUGCUAACAAGCGACAAAACAGAAAGGGAGACCUUGCGAGAAAAAGAGAAGAGGACGUUGGAAUUACCUCAGAAGACGCGGACACUUAAGAGUAAACACCACAGUGGAAUGAGGAGUGAGAGAGUGACGGAGAGGAGAGGAUGAGGAGGAGUAUACUCACUGCAGAAAGAGAGGAGAUGCAAUAGCUAGAGCCACAUCUCUGCGUCUAGAUUCACCUCAGUCUGUGACGGAUCUCGUUUUUAUUUGUAUUUUUAAUCAUCCAUACGGCCUACGGUUUUUUGGACUAUCUGUGUGUGUGAGUGUGUGUUGAGGAGGGAUUCUGAAGCCGCGACGGAUAGCGGUGUUGGGGGCAUCUGGCCGUCUGGGGAGGGAGCGACGGCCGGCUGGCUGCAUUGUGUUGCUUUGAUGACCCCCGCUGUGUAGCUGCCUGCUCAUCAACCUCCCCCCUCUCUCUCACUCGCCCUCCCCUUUCUCUCUCCUCUCUUUCCUCCUCCUCCUCCUCCUCCUCCUCUCUCCAUCACAGCUCCCGGCCCAGCCAUGUUCGGCACAGAGUCCUCAUUAAGCAUGUUUCUCAACACACUGACACCCAAGUUUUACGUGGCUCUGACGGGCACUUCCUCCCUCAUAUCAGGACUCAUAUUGAUAUUUGAGUGGUGGUAUUUCAGGAAGUAUGGGACCUCCUUCAUAGAGCAGGUGUCCGUGAGCCACCUGCGCCCCCUGCUGGGCGGAGUGGACAGCAGCACCCCCAGCAACUCCAACACCAGUAACGGAGAGGCCGACUCCAAUCGACAGAGUGUGUCCGAAUGUAAAGUGUGGAGAAAUCCGCUGAAUUUAUUCCGUGGAGCCGAAUAUAAUCGAUAUACUUGGGUAACGGGUCGAGAGCCGCUCACGUAUUACGAUAUGAAUCUUUCAGCACAAGACCAUCAGACCUUCUUCACGUGCGACUCAGACCACCUCCGGCCUGCAGACGCCAUAAUGCAGAAGGCGUGGAGAGAGAGGAACCCACAGGCUCGCAUCUCUGCAGCACACGAAGCUCUGGAGCUGGAAGAUUGUGCGACGGCGUUCAUCUUGCUGGCGGAGGAGGAAGCGACCACCAUCAUGGAGGCGGAGCGUUUGUUCAAACAGGCGCUGAAAGCCGGAGAGGGAUGCUACCGCCGCAGCCAGCAGCUCCAACACCACGGCACACAAUAUGAAGCCCAGCACAGAAGAGACACCAACGUUUUGGUGUACAUAAAAAGAAGACUGGCCAUGUGCUCCAGAAAGCUCGGCCGAACACGAGAAGCAGUUAAAAUGAUGAGAGAUUUGUGUGUUUUCCAGUUAAUGAAGGAGUUCCCUCUCCUCAGUAUGUUCAACAUCCACGAGAACCUGCUGGAGUCGUUACUAGAGCUCCAGAACUACGCCGACGUCCAGGCCGUUCUGGCCAAGUACGACGAUAUUAGCUUACCCAAAUCUGCAACAAUAUGCUACACAGCAGCACUGCUCAAAGCCAGGGCGGUUUCAGACAAAUUCUCUCCAGAGGCAGCGUCACGGCGAGGGCUGAGCACAGCGGAGAUGAACGCAGUAGAAGCCAUCCACAGAGCGGUGGAGUUCAACCCGCACGUCCCCAAAUAUCUGCUGGAGAUGAAGAGUCUGAUUCUUCCUCCGGAACACAUCCUGAAGAGAGGCGACAGCGAGGCCAUCGCCUACGCCUUCUUCCACCUGCAGCACUGGAAGCGGGUGGAGGGGGCGCUCAACCUGCUGCACUGCACCUGGGAGGGCACGUUCAGAAUGAUCCCGUAUCCUCUGGAGAAAGGUCACCUCUUCUAUCCCUACCCCAUCUGCACAGAGACCGCCGACAGAGAGCUGCUACCCAUGGAAGCAGUGUUUCAUGAGGUGUCGGUGUACCCGAAGAAGGAGCUCCCGUUCUUCAUCCUCUUCACCGCCGGCCUCUGCUCCUUCACCGCCAUGCUGGCCCUGCUCACACACCAGUUCCCCGAGCUCAUGGGAGUGUUUGCUAAAGCUUUCCUCAGCACGCUGUUCGCUCCUCUGAACUUCAUCAUGGAGAAGGUGGAGAGCAUCCUGCCGUCCAGCCUCUGGCACCAACUCACCCGCAUCUGACCCCACCCCACCCCACCCAGGACCAGAACCAGGACCCCCCCCCCCCCUACAAACAGAAACAGCCGGACUGCACCUGAACGCUGCGCUGUAGGGACUGACCUUUAGUGCCAAGAGGAGCGUUCAAAGGCAGCCUGAGAACGCGGGAAAAACCAAACGGAGAAGCGAUGAAAUCCACGAACUGGUUUUGACUUUAUUUGAUAUGUUUGCAUUUUUUGGGGAGUUUUCAAAUCAUUUAAAAGCUGUUCUUUUGUUGUACAAAAACAGGUGAUCAAUUGCCAUCAUUAAAAAAAAGUGAAAAGACAAAAAAAUACAAUAAAGGACUUUUUGUGUAUCGCUGCACGCCGGCUUCUUCCACCUGUCGAUUCCUGCAGAUCCCUUCCUCCUCGGGGGGAGAGGGCGCUAAACACAGGUGGGUUCUUAUUGUUUACAUGUGGAAGAUUUUGCAUAUUUUUCCCACAAACUAACAUCUCACUCCACAGGAAGAAGAAGGGUGUCUCCUGCGUCCUUCGGGUACCUUUAAGCUCUCGCUGAGGGCAGAAGAUCUUGACAAUUUUUAUUUCAAACACAAGCUGGUUAUGUAUGUUUAAGGACCAGUGGUUCCAGCCCCUUCACUGCAGUACAUGCAUACCUUUUCAUCACAGAUUUACCUCUGGAAAACCAGCUUUGGUAAAGAAACUAGAAUAUAUCUGUGUCUUUUGCUCCAGUUUAAUGUCUUCAAACUCACUUAAAUAUAAACACCAAGCACUGAUGCAUUAAUGUGUACCAAAAAUAUUUCAAUCUGAUCCAAAAACAGACAUUGAUUCAGACGUCGCUGUCCGCUGAAAAAUAUUUUACAACUCAGACAAGUUUGAAAAGCUUGCUCUGUGUUGUUAAACGGCAAGUAUGGCAACAAUUUCAGCCAAAUAAAGUCGGAUAAAUGCAUCCAAACAUCUAAAACUGCAGCGUUCUCUUAAAUAUGAUCCAAAUUGUCAUGUACUGUACAAAGGGUUCAACAGAUUGAAGUCACUUGGACAGAAAUGGAAAACCUAUUUUAUGCAAUUUGCCCGCUGUAGUUGAGAGGUAUUUGUUGAACAAAAACACAAAUAAUUCUAAUUUAUUUUAGGAUUUAUUACGCAAUGUUUGGAAUAAAACCAUUAAAUAGAAUCAUGCUUCAGAGGGUUUAGCAUUUUUUAGACUUUUGAACUUUGUUUCUCAGACAUUUUAUUACAAAUCAGGCUUUAUUUAAGGACUAAUUCAUUCAUUCAGAGCCUUGUUAAGACUUGGUAACGAUCUGCAGGACCCCUGUGGAUCUUCCUCUGGAGGUCAGGAGCAGGAAUUGAACAACAACACAUUUUUAAAGGAGCUUUAAUAACAUUUUAUUUCUGAGAUGUGAGAAUAACAGAUGGAGCGGUGAGGGCUUGUUUCUGAAUCGGCAGGAGGAAGUGACCUGUGUUGAUUAUUUAAAACGUGCCUCUUGGUUACAGAUAAUGUUUCCAAACACUAUACAUCUGAUUUAAUUUACACAACCACAUAUUUACAUAAACAAACGAACAGAACACUGAAUUUGUGAUGCAAAUGCAGGUCUGAAAAGCAAAAACAGCACACCAUUUGUAGAUAUCGGCAGCUUUAAGGUAAUUAUCUGGUGUUUGUAUUGACUUUGAUUCCUCUGAGUUUGGAGGUUUCUCAGUCUCUUCAUAAUUGAAUUAACCGGUGCUUGUGUACUGCGCUCAGCGGCUGUGAUUAACACCGACUCUGAGUGUGUUUACAUGCGCAGAAUAUUACCCAACAGGGUUUUUAUGUCACUUAGUCCUGCGUUCAUUCCUCUGAGGCUUUCGCAGAGACAAUUAAGAAGAGGACGAUUAAAGGCAGCGCUAACACAACAGACAGAGCUUUAACCCACCGGCAGCUAAUUGGAUUUAUAAUUGUCCUACAAUAUAUAAUAAACAUCUUUUAGGUGCUACCGUGCCGUCAGACGUCAUCUCAUGCAGUUAAUCAUCUCUUAGAAGUGUUACGUGUGAUUUGAAACUCAAACUGAAGAUUUAGAAAGGGAUAACUGACAACCAAGAGCAAAAGUGUUGCAAAUGGAAAUUUAGCCAGGAUGUUUUAUCUGUGAAAUCAGGUUCAAAAAAAGGGAUUCAAACUGGCAGAAAUCUAUCUUUCUCUCCCAUCAAUUUCACAGUGUUAUUUUUUAAACAGAUUUAAAAUGAUCAUCUUUGCAAAACUAGUUCCUAAAUUGUGCAAAACAAAAGCUCUAAUGAUCGCAGGACCUUUCUACACUUUCCUCUAAACCAAACUGAUUCUCUUAAUUCUAUUAAAGAAUCAUUUCUGGAACAUCAUGACUGCUACGUCUUUUUGUAAAUGAUGUCCAGAGAAAUGUAUCUUCUUAUUGAUUACAGCUCCAGAUUUCUUUACUCUCAACUGGUUCCAGCAUUAUGUGUUUAAAGCCGCUGUAAUAUUUGAGUGUUUAACAAAUACCUGUGAAGUCUGUACUUAUACAGCCAAAGAAAACCCUAAAACUCUGCAAAUUGAACCCCUUCUUAAGCACGUAUCUGAGGAGCUGCCUCAUCAUUCUGCAGGCGAACAUUUGCAGAUGAAUUCCCGCUGGUUUUUGCAUGACACACGCUGGAGGAGAACAUCCAAAUGGAUUUAUGAAGCGUAAAAUGUGAAACAUGCAGGAGAGAAAAAGACUGAAACUUGCAGGGAUGUUUCUGGAGGAAUUUAGGAACCACUAAAAUAAAUAUGCUGGAGAAGACACAAAGGCUUCAGAGGAACAGGGAGAUUUUCUCUCCGUGUUAAAGAUUUGAAAACACUACAAUAGAUUAUACAAUUCAGGAAAAGUUCAGUGUAUUUUUGCUCAGUCCUCAGGGCUUCAACAUUACAAACAUUUAAUUUAGUCUGAUUUAAAUGACUUUCUUUUGUGUUUUAAGAUUUUAAAAAGGUAACAAAAGUUUUGCCAAUUAAAGGUUCCUUUUUUUAUCAGUGAAAAUGUUUAAAGAAGAAGUCUUUAAAAGCUUGAUUUGGCUUCUGUCUUAAAGUGUCAAAUAAUAAUAAUAGGAAUAUCUGCCUGGAGACUCAGAACUAGGUUUCUCUUAAGCAGCUGAACUUCUUUGUGCUGAUUGAUAUAUUUCUAAGAUAAAUGUCUCUAAUGAAAGUCAUUCAAUAAACUGUAUUGAGUAGAAGUUCAACAGAUCACCAAGUCUCAUAAUAAUGUUCAUUUUCAUGCAUAAAUGCUGUUGAUUCACUGCUUCUCUAUGUCUUAUAUUAUAAUAAACUGCUUCUUUAGGACUGAGAAUGACAAAUCAAGACGUUUGAAGACAUCACCUUGGACUCUGAGAAACUGGAAUGGUGUUUUUGCACUAUUUUAUGACCAAAUUAUUCAUCUAAAAAGGAAUCAGCGAAUAAAUCCACGAUGAAACCAGCCAUGAGCAGAACGGGUGGAAUAUGCACGGGCAGCAAAGACAGAAAAUAGUCCC